GUACACGACUUAUAAUAUUGCACGAGACUGACAAACUGAAAGUGUGUUUGGAUCCCGGCAUCUGCGCUCUGUCAGCAGCCUGCAAGCCUGUAAACAAGCAGCAUCAACAUAUCAUCUGCUCUGUAUUGUCUUCCUGGAAACCAGUUCCAGCCUCUCCUGCAGGAUCUACCAUGUCCAAAUCAGAUGCACCCAUCACAUACAAACCAAUAAAAUUGAUUGCAGCUGCUUGCAAAAACAUGGGAAUCGGUCUUAAUGGGAACUUACCAUGGAAUUUACCGAACGAAUUUCAGUAUCUGUUAAACAAAUUAACGACAGUAGAACAGCCAGGAAAGAAAAAUCUGCUUGUCUGGGGCCGAACCUCUUUUGAGUCUUUUGAUGAGAACUUAUUACCUCUGGCAAACACUGUUAUAGCCCUCAUGACCAGGAAACUGAGUGACUUGCCAAAGUAUGUUCAUUAUAUCUGCCGUAAUGAAGAAGAUGUGGUGAAGCUCUUAUCAAAGCCUCCUCUGUCUGAAGAGAUUGAGACAGUAUGGGUGUUAGGAGGUGUAGAAUGUUACAAGAAUAUGAUGAAGCACCCUUGGUGUAGCCACAUCUACUUUACGGACAUUAUGGCAGACUUUGAAUGUGACAUCUUCUUCCCAGAGUUUGAUAAAGACGUCUUUAAGUUAAAGGAAAAUUACCCUGGAGUACCAUCUGAAAUUCAGGAAGAAAAAGGAGUCAAAUACAUCUUUCAAGUUUAUGAAAAAGAUUUACCAAAGCAAGACCAAUAAUGCUAUAAAGAAUAGACCGAAAUACAUAUGUGAUAUGUUGUGCUGAAAUGUAUCUGUAAUCCAAAAGUGCCUUGAAUACCUAGAGAACAAAAAAGUAAUAUAUUGCAUCUUAUCAGUCCUUACAGCAGACGUUCACCCUAAAGGGUAAUUUCCACUUCAUGUCCUCCUCUCCCUAUUUUAGCACAUUUGGCACUAUCACAUUUUUUCUGGGAGGGCAGGUACACUGUUUUGAUAGGUACCCACUCCCACUCUGCGCCUCCUCUCUUUGCUUUCUGGCACACAUCCCAGAUCCCAGAAAGCUGCAAGAGAAUUUACAAAGCUC